AUGAGCACUCCUACAACAACCACACCACCACAUUCACGAAAUUUACUUCGGAAUUCGUUAUGUAUUGAAGUCAUUCCGAAUCAGUCAUCAUCAUCCUCCACAGGUAUUCAUUCGUCGUCGUCAUCAACGUCAACCUUCAAUUCACCUCAUUCACCACUUUCUUUGUUGAAUCAUCAUCAUUCGACUAGUAAUAAUGUGAGAAUUACAUCUCCACUAUCGAUAACCAGUUCGACAAAUUCUCGAGCGAGAUAUAGUGUAGUGACGUGCGGAAGUAAUGGACAUCUGCCAAACGUCACUACGGAUUGGGAUAUUAAAAAAAUUCAAGAAGAAAUUAGAAUAGCCACCAUGAUGACAAAGAAUCACACACCCUCCUCUUCGGAUUCAUCUUUAAACACUGUUCUUUCGCCCUCCAAUAACAUUUCUCCAAAAGAAAUUCCAAAAACUCCAAUUUUGGAUAUCAAAAAAACCGAAAAAGAAUCCGAAGCUGAAAGUUUUUACAAAAUUAUUACCAGCUCAAGAAAUAGAUCAAGAACAUUGGACAGUGUUACUCCACGAAAAAGUAUUUCAUCCAACACGAAAGAUGUUGACAUGGCUGUCAUUCCAAAUAUGUCCAUAACGACAACUAAUGGACAAAUCGUUGAAAACAUUGCACUUUCACCCUUCACAAAAAUUGAACAACCCAUUGCUAAUUUAAUUUUAAAAUUUUGUACCAUUUAUGAAUUUAGUGCAUUGUGUCGCGUCACACAACAAUGGAAUUAUUUCACAAAAAUGUAUUUGAAAGAUUUUGCAGAUUCAGAAAAUUUGAAAACAUGUCUUGCAUUAUUGUAUUGUAAAUUAUCACAAUGUUUGACCGAUGUUGUGGAAUUUGAAGAUCGACCAUUGAAGAAGGUGUUUCAACAAUUGCAUCAACAUCGACAUUUGAUUACCAAAUUACCAAAAAUAGUAUCUACACCAUCCUCCAAUACUACUUCUCCAUUGAAAAAACAUACAGAAUCAACCUCAAGCUCUCCAUCCAAUUCUCAACAACAACCACUUCUUCCAUUACAUGAAUUAUUUUACGAAUCUUACAUUUCCUAUUUUGGUACCAUUGUUCCAAGAUUAGCAUGGCACAUCAGUCGAAAGAAUGUCAAGAAGAGAAUAACAUUCAACGAAAUUCAAUUUCAUCUCACUGUAGAAAUGUUUCUCAGAGUAGACGAUAUCAAUACCAUUUCUCUCGACACGUACGAUAUUGAACAAUAUAUUCACAAAACUUGCAAUUCGAGUUUUGCUGCACAACUCAUGACUUCGGUUUUUGCAUAUUUUACAGUGUUCUUUAUGAGAUUUGAUGAAUAUAUUUCUAAUACUGUGAUUGCUGGUAGUGGUGUGAAUUCUCCAAUUUUACGAAAACAAAACAGUUCAAAGAGUACUUCAUCCAAUAAGAAGAGAAAUUCUAAAACACCACAUGACCAUCCUAUUGGAGAGGAGAUCUUUUCCUUUGAUUCUACCACCACUGCAGAUGUUUCUCCUUCAGCAUUAUCCAAGAAGAGUAGUGCUGGUGGUUCACUUUCAAGUCACAACGAAGAAUUAACAAGUGUUGCAAGAAAAACAGUUUCUUCAGGAAUUCUUCCAACUGGAGGAACUUCACGAAGACCUUCCUUGAAAAAUUUAUUAAGCACUUCACAUGAGAGCACAGUUGGAUCGUCAAAUUCUCCCUAUUUACUGUCACCUCGAUCUCCAACUCUAAUGAUGAGAAAUAAUAGCAGUAGUAGUAGUAGUAGUAAUAGUAAUCAUAGUGGAAACAAUGGUGGUCGAAGAGGAUCGUUUAAAGAUGUAUCUCCUAUUGGUUCAAGUUUUAAAUUUGAUCGAGGAGAUUUUCUCAUUUCACAACAAAGUAUCCAUUCAGGAAGUAGAGGAGAUGAAGUGAGUCAAGUGACAACAGAGACGGAUGAAGUGGAUGUUGAGGCAGAUGCUGAUGUUGAAACAUUUAAUUCUGUGGCAAGCGCUUCUACUUCAUUACCAAAUAAGGUGAAAUAUUUGGAAAUUGUUCCAAAAGCAACAUGUGAAUUGGGUUACAUGUUUUUAAUGGAUUUUUUUAAAAUUAUUUCAAGAUAUUGCAAGAAAACAAGUUUCAAUUAUGCAAAUUUCUCAGAAGCUGAAAAGGCAAGAAUUCACUACUUGUCCACUCUUUCCAUUUCUCCCUACAGCGAUUCAGCAGCUGCAUUUAUGUCAAAUACUGAUGAAGGACAAGUGUCACGAAAGAAUAUUUUGAAAUUUAAAGGAAUUUGUCAUGCCAUGGCAGAUUCAGAAUUUAUUACAUGUUUGGUCAUGUCAGGAAAGGAAUGGAAUAGUGAAGAUGUGUGUAUACUUUUUAAUUCAUUUAAUUUAUUGGAGAAGAGAUCGAGACGGGAUAAUUAUUGUGUGGAUUUAGUGUUACCAACUCAUAUUGAACUUGUGGAAGAAAAUUUCUCACAGAAUGUUUCACAACAGGAGGAUGAACAGCAACAUUCAUCAUCAUUCAACACUCGGUAUGAGGACAAUGAUACCACCAUGGUGAAAUGGCCAUCCUUCCUGAACACCGUCUACUUGACAGAAAUGAAUGAAUCUUUAAUCUUUCAUGAUCGAUGGUUUGGAGAAGGACCAAAAAUUAGAGAGAUUCAUUUGAAUUUGGGAUUGGCAGAUUCUAGCUUGUUAACAUUUGGUACUUUGAAUCAUUGUAGAAACACGUUGAGACAUCUUUACGUUUCAGAGUGUACACUUAAUUACAAAAUUGGAUCUAAUUUUGUGAACGUGAUGAAGGAAUUAGAUUUAGAAACUCUCUCUUUGGAAAGAUUUCAUCUCGACAGUGAAAAUUGGAGAAUGCUAUUUGAAGAUUAUUUACAACAUUCUUCAAACUCAUUGCAGACAAUUCGUCUCAUCGAUUGCAUCAACCAACUGUCAGAUGUUUCUUCAUUUGUUCACAACAUUCAAGUGCGAAGUAUUCAAUUAGCAAAAGUAGAAUUGAAACUUAAACAUUUUGGAGAUGAAGAAAAGGGAGCUGUGAGCGGCUUAUUAGAACAUUUAUUAUUGAACGGCAAUGCAAAAACAAUUAUUGCAGACUCAAUUUCCUCGCAAAACAAAGUGCAUAGUAGUUUGUCAAGAAAGAAGAAGAAAGGUUGCAUUAUUUCAUAA